CCUAUACAGUGUCACUUCAGGUUUAGCCAAUCAAACGCAUCCUUGUCUCUAAAGAGCGGAGAAACCAUUGAUAUUCUGUCAUUCAACACAGCAACUUCAACACGAUGACAUCGCCAGUGUUUGCUCUCUUACUCACAUGCUUGUUCUUGGGGAAAAUGGAUCAGACGACAUGUCUGGAAUCCUCCCCAACUGUUCGUCAAGAGACACGAUUUGUAUCAGUUAAAACUGGAGAAGAAUUGACUUUACAAUGUUCCUAUAAAGGUGAAGGUGUUUCUGCACGGCUUUACUGGUUUAAGCAAACUCUGGGACAGAAACCAAAGCUCAUUUCUACUUCCUUUACAUAUAAUGUAAAUGGGACUUUUCACAAUGAAUUCAAGAACAAUCCACGCUUCACACUGGAUAUGGAAAAGGGAAACAAUCACUUGACGAUCAAAGAUUUUCGCCUUUCAGACUCGGCUACUUACUACUGCAUUAAUUUUCUAUACACAAUAGACUUUUUAGAGAGCAUUUUUGUAAGUGUAAAAGGUUCAGGUUUGAAGGUCCGAGCUACGGUCCACCAGUCAGCGUCUGAGAGCAUCCAGCCAGGAGGCUCUGUGACUCUCAACUGUACAGUACACACUGGGACCUGUGAUGGAGAACACAGUGUUUACUGGUUCAAGAAGUCAGACGAAUCUGACCCAGGACUCAUUUACACCCAUGGAGGCAGGACUGAUCAGUGUGAGAGGAAACCCAACACACAAACACACACCUGUGUCUACAAGCUGCCGAUGAAGAGUCUGAAUCUUUCUCAUGCUGGGACUUACUACUGUGCUGUUGCCUCAUGUGGACACAUUCUGUUUGGAGACGGGACCAAGCUGGAGUUAGAAGAUGAGGUGGACUCUCCUUUUUUAGUGUAUUUCUUGAGUUCAGCUUUGGCUUUCACCACCAUCCUGAGUGUUUUACUGGCUUUCUUACUCUACAAGGUGAACAAAAGAAAGUGCUGCCAAACUGCAGAGAACCACGCAACAUUUCCAUCUCCCACCACAACGAGUGCAGAGGGUUACCAAGAUGCAGACAACGUCCAUUAUGCCGCUUUAAGUAUCACCCUGCCCAACAGAUCGAGACGACAGAGGAACAAAACUAACGAUGAGUGUGUUUACUCCAGCGUCAAGCAGUAG